GAUCCUAAUUUAAACCAAAAUGCCUGGAACAACUUGGAGAAAUACUGUAGGAGCCUGACCAAGUACAACAAAAAUGUGUACGUCUGCACUGGACCCCUAUACCUGCCAAGGUUGGAACCGGACGGGAAGAUUUACGUGAAGUAUCAGGUCAUUGGGAAGAAUCACGUUGCAGUGCCAACACACAUUUUCAAAGUGGUGAUAUUGGAGAAACACAGCGGAGAAAUCGAAUUGCAGUCAUACGUGAUGCCCAAUCAGCCAGUGCAGGAGAACAUCCCCCUCGAACGCUUCUUGGUGCCAAUUGAAAGCAUUGAGCGGGCUUCGGGGCUGCUCUUUGUCAGUAAUAUUCUAAAAAGAACCAAUAAUCUAAAGACCAUAACUGCUGGCAGUAAAUAGCAGCACAUCAAGCUGUGACUUAGUUCCAAAUUUUUCAGGGGGAGGGUGUAAACUAUUGUUGCCCGCUGAGCAGCUCGAAAUUGUUAGAAAUGUUUUUUCUUAAUUUCUUUGAAUGUUUUUCAGCGUCAAAUCUCCCCGUAGAUGUAUGAUUUGAUAUAUUACAUUACCUAUCCUAAUUCACAUUUAUUAUUGAAUAAUUGAAUGCUUUUAAGUGCAGAGAGUGUUCCGUUGUAUUAUGGGAAGUGGACUAUUAUCAGAGUGUGUUAAGAUUUUUCUUUUCAUUGGUAGAAAAAGUAUCUUCAAGCUAUCUUGCUACAACUUCUACAGAACAGAAAGCUUUGAUCUGUUUAUUUUAAAUUCACCCGUGAGUUGUGGGUGUCAUUGGAGUAAUACUGGCUUUGUUUUCCAUCUCUCGUUAACAAGUUGGUGGGGGUUUAUCUCUCUUGAUUGCUGCAGUCCAUGUGACGUAGCUGCUGCUUCCACAGUGCUUUCCUACAAAAGAGAGAUCCAGAAUUUUGAUCAUGGCUGUGGAAGGCGGAGCGUUUUAUUUUCUCAGUUAGGGGUGAUGUGUGAUUGGAAAUGUCUCCGUCUUUGAGUAUGUGGAGGUUGAAGGUUUGGCAGAUGCUGCUGAAAAAAGCCUUGGCAAGUUGAUGUGCACUGUCAGCAGGUGGCUAAUAGCAAAAGAUUUCAUGUGAAGAGCACACAUCCUGCUAGUGCUGCCUUCCCAAGGUAAUCGCCUGACCCUCCGAUUCCAGUUUGAGAUUUUUAUUAGCUACAACUUAAAUGAAAUAUGUUCCACAGGUUCUUGAUUUGACAGUAUCAGCAUAUCUUACUUAUUGUUAGUGUCUCAUUGCCUGGGUUUGCACUGUGAGUCAAUUAACAUCAUCUGCACCUAAUCAGUAAGAAUGCAACUCCUGUGGAACACGGGCAGGACAACGGUUUACAUCAGGUGUCCUGCUACAGUGCUACAUUUGAUGGAUCCUACAUGUGACAAAUCCUCAAACUCACUUUCCAGUGGGAUGGGUACAUGACAAUGUUUGCAACAAACUUCUAACUUUAUAUUGGUACAGUGUAAGCCAAAUUGAAUUUGACAACAUUUCAAGACCAUAUAUUUAAAUAAUGCACUUUCUAUAUGUUAAUGGUUUAGCCAUCACACUUAAUCAGAAUUGAAGCUUACCAUAAUGUAUUAAAGACAAAAUAGUGGGUAACACUCAGCAGAUCUGGUAGCUUCUGCAGAGAGAGAAACAGUUAACAUUUCAGGUCAGUAAUCUUUCAUCAGAACAAUGAUCAGGUGUCAAACAAUAGAAGGAUUGAGAGAUCACAAAAUAUGGUUGAACAAGAUUGAUUUUGGAGGAGUUUAAUGUAAACAUGCAGAGAUAGUAACAAAAGGGGACUUUGUAAUCCAUUAGUCACUGAGACUGUUUGUUGCUGGUCACAUCUACUGAAGGUAAAUACAUUGAAAUCUUGUUGAGAAAAAUAUUUUACCUUUUAAAAGCAUUCUUAACAUUGUUAAUUGAUGUGUAAUACCCAGGAUCAUUACUGUUUAUUUUAGUUUUUAUAAAAUAAAAAUAAAGUUCAAUCGUA